AUGCCUCCGACUAACAAUCUGUGGCACCUCCAACAACGAGGCCAACCUAUUCACACUACUUCAGACCAAUCCAAAUACAUCGCCCCAGCCGAAACAACUCACCAUAAAGCCACAAUCCUCGGCUUCCCCUCCCGCUGCUCCACAUUCCCAGCCCUCUACACGCGCACCUGCAACGAGAUAAUCGACUUAGCAGCCACAAUCGCGCACUUUGAGCCAGUCCGCCUGCACGUACGCCCCGAGGACCAAGCCCAUGCUCAAUCCCUACUAGAAAGACACAUGGCCAAGGGCCUGGUAUCUGAAAAAGCCCGCAUCUCUCUCAUCCCCGUCGCAACCAACCACGUCUGGGUCCGCGACACAGGCCCCGUGUACGUCCGCGGCGCAGAAGACAACAAGCGAUACGCAAUCGACUUCCAAUUCUGCGAAUGGGGGAAUAAAAUCGACGAACUCCUUUACAAAAGUAGUGCCGACAAAGCCGCAGCGCUGAAGAUCGAGGCAGAGACGGAAGACUGGCCAAUUCUAGAUGAACAGGCUAGGAAAGAAAACACGGAGUUUGCAAGUCGGGUUCUGGAGAUCGAGAAUGCCUCGAAUCCGCAAGAUCCCGUCACGCGGAUUCAGUCCAAGGUGAGGCUGGAAGGGGGUGGGAUUGAGAUGGAUGGCGAGGGGACGUUCAUGGCUGCGGAAAGCAGUGUGCUGGUCUCGUCGCGGAAUGAGGGUCUCUCACGCGAGGUGAUUGAGGAUGAGUUGAGGCGACUUCUCGGGGUGAAGAAGUUUAUUUGGAUUCCGGGGAGGGAGGGUCUGGAUAUUACGGAUUGUCAUAUCGAUGCGGAGGCACGCUUCGUUCGGCCCGGUAGUGUGGUGGUCUGCAAGCCGCAUCCGUCAUGCGCGCAGGUCUAUUGGGAUAUUUACCACGAGGCCCGCGCGGUGCUGGAUAAUGUGACGGAUGCGCAGGGCCGCAAGCUUGAAGUUUACGAUAUUGAGGAACCGGAUCCUGCAUUGGUGAAAGGUGAUGUUCCAGGAGAGGAAGAUGCACCUGCGGCGUCGUAUGUGAACUUUUACUUUGUGAAUGGUGGUUUGAUAAUUCCUUCGUUUGGAGAUCCUGAGCCGGAUCGCAAGGCUUUCGAGCUUUUGAAGAAGCUGGUUCCUGAGCGUGAGGUUCGCCAGGUGGCUGUGUUGUAA